ACACAACCGUGAAGAGAAGCGGCGAUUUUUAAGAAGACGUCAUGCUUUCUGCAACUCCCCUGUAUGGCAACGUGCAUAGCUGGAUGAGCAAUGAGAGGGUCCGCAUGUGUGGAAUUAAUGACGACAGGAAAAUUCCAGUUAAUGAUGGCGAUGCACCGAAAAGCAGACUGGAGUUGAGGGAAGAAAAUCACCUGAAUCACAGCGUGGUGGACGCGACCACGGCACAUCGCAUCGACAGCCUCGCGGCUCUGAGCAUGGACAGGUCUGGACUCAUGCGAGAAGGACUCAGGGUGCCCAGCAGCAUUGUCUAUUCCAGCUUGUGCGGGCUUGGCUCCGAGAAGUCGCGGGAUGCGGCGAGCUCCAUCGCAGGUCUCGGAUUUACUCCUGAAAGAACCCCGGAGAUCCAGUUCAAAUCCAACCCCUCUGAAGCGGUGGAAAAUGCUGCCGUCUCCGCCAAAGCCCCCAACGGCUUCAGCGCGAUGUACAAAACGCCACCUGGAAUACAAAAAAGCUCUGUCCCCACGGGAGAGGCGCUCGGCUUGGACAGGGCCGCCGGCGACAAGCAGAGCCCUCUCGGCGUCAACGGUGCUAGUUACCUAAGGCUCCCCUGGGUAAACCCUUACAUGGAGGGCGCUACGCCCACGAUAUACCCUUUCCUGGACUCACCAAAUAAGUAUUCGUUGAACAUGUACAAGGCCUUGCUACCUCAGCAGUCCACCUACAGCUUACCGCAGCACCUGGCGUACUCGCCCGUGUGCACGAACGGCGAGCGCUUUUUAUACCUGCCCCCGUCCCACUACGUCGCGCCCCACAUCCCCUCGUCCCUCGCGUCGCCCAUGCGGCUCUCGGCGGCGUCGGCGGCGCCCGCCAUCCCGCCCCUGGUGCACUGCCCGGACAAGGGCUUGUCCUGGAAGAUGGGCGUGAGCGGCGGCAGCGCGGCCGUGGAGGCGCACGCCUACGCGCACCUGCCGCCCGGCAAGCAGCCCCGCGUGGCCGCCGCCAAGGCGAGCCGCGCCGCCGAUGGUGCCGCCUCGGUCAUCCAGCACGUGGGGCAGCCCGCGGCCGCCGUGGCCGCGGCGCCGGCCAAGCACAGCAGCAAAGCGGCCAAGCCCUGCGGCCAGGACGCCGCCUUCAAGGCCAGCGAGAACGCCCUCGCCUCCAGCCCCAUCUUUCUGCCGCCCAACGAGGCGUUCCGCUCGCCGCCGUUGCCCUAUCCGAGAAGUUACCUCCCGUAUCCCGUUCCAGAGGGUAUCGCCAUAAGCCCUCUGUCGCUGCACGCGAAAGGACCCGUGUAUCCUCAUCCGGUUCUGCUGCCCAACGGCAGCCUCUUCCCGGGCCACCUGGCUCCCAAGCCCGGCCUUCCCUACAGCCUGCCGGCGGGACGGGGCGAGUUCAUGACCUACCAGGAUGCGCUGGGCAUGGGCAUGGUGCAUCCCAUGUUGCUGCAGCACUCGGCUCUGGAGAUGAACAAGGACGAGAAGCCCGAGCGGAGGUCGCGGUCGCACGAGAGGCUCCGCUACGAGGAUCCCGCCCUGCGGAGCCGCCUGCCGGAGCUCCUCGAACCCAGCGGGAAGCUGCAUUUCGAGGUGCCCAACGACAAGAACGUGAAGUUGCACCCGAGCGCCGGCCACGGGAAGACCUCUGCCAAAAGUGACAAACACCUCUUCCCGGACCUCUUGCGAGAUGAGCAAGACGCUAAAAGUGAAGCGAAUUUAACGAAACCUGUCUUUGCUACUGAAAGCAGUAAUCAGGCUAAUGACCCCACAAAGCACAAGGUAGAACAAGCCUCUCAGCACAGGGAUUUUAUUGUAAUGAGAGAGGAGUUCGGAAGAAAUAGCGAUCUCCACGAAACCUAUAAUUUUAAGCAAGCCCAGAGUUCGUCGGUGUUCGGCUUAAGGAAAGAAGAUCUGCCUGUGAGCCAAAAUAAAGAGAGGGUGACGGCGCAGCCGCCCGCCGCCUUCUUGGAGGCGGCGCAUGAGAGCGAUGGCCCCGCUCUGCCCUUCAGCCAGGCGCCCGACGAGGCCAAGCAGUUCUGCGUGGCGGCCGCGCCGCCGAGCCUCGACGCGGGCCCGGCCUACGCCAAAGACGGCGCCGACGACGCCGAGGCGGCCGAGGGCAAAAUCCUGAAGCCCAAGCCCUCCAAGCUGGCCAAGCGCAUCGCCAACUCGGCGGGCUACGUCGGCGACCGCUUCAAGUGCGUCACGACGGAGCUGUACGCCGACUCGAGCCAGCUGAGCCGGGAGCAGCGGGCGCUGCAGAUGGAAGGAUUACAAGAGGACAGUAUUUUAUGUCUACCUGCUGCUUACUGUGAGCGUGCAAUGAUGCGCUUCUCAGAGUUGGAGAUGAAAGAGAGAGAAGGCCAAACAGCUACCAAAGACUCAGAGGUCUGCAGAUUCAGCCAGGCAGACUGGGAAAACUUGAAAGGAAACAGUGAAAAGAAGCCAAAGUCUGUCGCUCUGGAAGAUGCCAUUGCUGACCAAAAUGACAAUGACAGAUGUAACUUUAUUAGCAGAGAAAGCAACCAAGGUCACUUUCUUGAAGUUCCCGAGGAAAAAGCUCUCUCACAUGAGAAAUGUUAUUUAGAGAGACAUUCUAUAUAUGAGAAAGCGGAAGAGCAGCCGGCAGAAGAUAUUGGCCAACAUCCAUGUCCACGUCUGGACAGGAAGCGUAAACACUCUGGUGAGAGAGUACAAAACGAUGGCAGCCAACACGACAGCUUUAUGGAUGAGCUGCAGGAUGAAGUUUUAUCAAAGGCCAAAAAGAAGAAGCUCUGCAAAGAUGACUGGCCUGAGAGGGAAAUGACAAACAAUUCCUCUAACCACUUAGAAGAGCCCAAUUGUAAUGAGGUGACCAACCUGAAGGUGUGCAUUGAAUUAACAGGGCUCCAUCCCAAAAAGCAGCGUCACCUGCAGCACCUUAGGGAACUAUGGGAGCAGCAGGUGUCACCAGAGAGAUCCCCGUCCGGCAAGUUGGGCCGGCAAAGCAGGAAAGAUUUAGCUGAGGCUGUUCAGCCAGAGACCACUGCAAAGGUCAAAGACUUCACAGAAGAAAGGCCCACCAAGAAAAGGUCAGAGGCCAAAAGCAAUAGAAGUUGGUCUGAAGAGUCCCUCAAAACAAGUGACAAUGAACAAGGCUUGCCUGUAUUCCCAGUGUCUCCGCACAUGAAGAGCCUUUCAUCCACCAAUGCAAACAGCAAAAGGCAGGCUCAGCCAAGCUGUACUCCAGCCUCGAGGUUGGCUGCCAAACAGCAGAAAAUUAAAGAAAGCCGGAAGACAGAUGGGCUGUACACAGAUGAAGAGGAGGAUUUCCAACCUGCAUCUCUGCAGAAAUACGCUGAGUGCGAGAAGCCAUCAGGGAAACGUCAGUGUAAAACAAAACACUUGGCGCUGCAGGAGAGGAGGAGGAGGUCAUCUCUGACAGGGGAUGACACCACAGAUAUCGAAAAUGCUGAAGAUAAGGUGUUGGUGCCGAGGAGGGCGCGGAAGCGAGCGGAGCCCUCGGAGUGCGACGUGGCGGCGGGCGAGCAGAAGGCGUGCGAGGCGAGGGCGGGCGAGCGGCUGGCGCAGGCGGCCCCGCCGGCGCCCUGCGCGCCGCUGCUGCCGCCGCUGCCGCCGCCGGCGUUGGGCGCCGAGAGCGCGCCGAGCCGCCCCAUGCCGCCCGAGGCGCGGCGCCUCAUCGUCAACAAGAACGCCGGCGAGACGCUGCUGCAGCGCGCCGCCCGCCUGGGAUACGAGGAAGUGGUGCUCUACUGCCUGGAGAGCAAGGUGUGCGACGUGAACCACCGCGACAACGCCGGCUACUGCGCCCUGCACGAGGCGUGCGCCCGGGGCUGGCUCAGCAUCGUGCGGCACCUCCUCGAGUACGGCGCCGACGUCAACUGCAGCGCCCAGGACGGCACCAGGCCGAUCCACGACGCGGUAGAAAAUGACCAUUUGGAAAUCGUGCGCCUGCUGCUGUCCUACGGCGCCGAUCCCACGCUCGCUACCUACUCGGGGAGGAGCAUCGUGAAGAUGACGCACAGCGAGCUCAUGGAGACCUUCCUCACAGAGUAUUUAACUGACCUGCAGGGUCGAAGCGGCGACGACCCUGGUUUGUACUGGGAUUUCUAUGGCAGCUCUGUGUGCGAUCCAAAAGAUGAGUCUGGAUUUGACGUCUUGGCAAAUCCUCCUGGCCCAAGUGAUGAAGAAGAUGACGGCUUUAGCGACGUGUUUGAAUUUGAAUUUUCAGAUGAGCCUCCCUUGCCGUGUUACAACAUUCAAGUGUGUCUCUCUCAGGGGCCGCGGAACUGGCUUUUGCUCUCGGACGUGGUGAAGCGGCUAAAAAUGUCGUCGCGCAUCUUCCGGUGCAACUUCCCCAAUCUGGAGGUCGUCACCAUCACGGAGGCCGAGUUUUACAAACAGACUUCGCUAAGCCAGCUCUUCGCUUGUGCCGAGGAGCUCGAAGCUUUCAACCCCGACAGCAAAGAGCUCUUGGACUUGGUAGAGUUCACGAGUGAGCUCAAGACCCUCCUCGGCUCCUCGCUCCACUGGCUGCAUCCGCACGAGGAGCCUCCCUUCGACAUCCUUUGGUGAACCAUCAGGCCGUUUAAUGUACAGUGCUAUAUACAGCUACUUCUUUAUGUAUAUGUGUUCAAAUGCAAUUGUUUCUGUAAAGAAAGGACACUAUUAAAUAUGAAAAUAUCUUUCCUUUAUAUAAGAGAAUCUGAAUUCCAGUUGGAUGGAUUUUGGAAGAAUUUUUUUUUAAACUUCAAUCAGUUUUUACAAAAUUGUUAUAUAAUGUUUCUUUAAAUGCACACAGGCUUUGGGAUAAGUUUGUUAUUACUUGGAACACAUUUUUUUUUCCUUUUUUUUUUUUUUUUUAAAGGAACACACACAUUGACUUUGUUUCAUACAAAGCACUGAUUACACAGAACAUACUUUUUAUAGGUGAUGUGAUCAAAGUCAUGUGGCUUGUUUGGGAGACAGAAUUUGGUAAGGCACUUCGUGAUAUUAUUUUUGUUUUUUUGUUUACAGAAUUACCUGCUUUGGCCAGGUAAGCACUAUUGAAUAUAAUUCAAUAGUUUGUAAUAUAAAUUAAACCAUAUCCAUACGCAUCAACUAAUUGUAAGAACUUUUAUAUCCUAAUUUAAAAGCUGUGAAAUUUAGUUUUCACACAUCAAACCGGAUUGUUUAUAUAUGUUUAAACAUUUUAUGCUCUUUAUUUAAAGAAGACUUUGAACUAUUUUUUCUGUACCUUGUAAAAUAUUGAAAAACUAACAUAUGUUGAAGUUGCUUGAAACUGUACAUAAACUAAAUUUUCUGAAUUGUGUGUUUAUGUUUGAGAUCUGUGUUUUAACUUUGUAAGUAAAUCUCCUGCCUUUGUAUUUAUAUUUUACAAAAAUUUUCUUAAAGGCAAUAAAACUGUUGAGAAAUGAA